AUGAUCUACUACGGAAACUCCUACUAUGGAAGCCUAGGCUCUGGCUAUAGAGGCUUUGGUGGCCUAGGCUAUGGCUAUGGCUGUGGCUGUGGCAGCUUCAGCAACCUGGGCUGUGGCUGUGGCUUUGGAAGCUAUGGCUCUGGCUCUGGCUAUGGAGGCUAUGGCUGUGGUUCUGGCUUUGGAAGCUAUGGCUAUGGAUCUGGUUAUGGCUGUGGUUGCUGCCGCCCUUCAUGCUGGGGAGGAUAUGGAUUAUCUAACUUCUACUGA